AUGGCCAGUAAAACAGAUCUUCAGCGUCUUGGAAUAUUCAAAGAACUGUCAUAUACCACUAUUGACGAUCCCUAUGUUCCACAGUAUUCAUUCUUUCAACUUGGCAGCCGAGAUAAGGCUUCACCACCGUUUUAUUUACCAGGUGGCAGGGGAAAAACGAAAGCCGGCAAUGAUGAUGGUUACUUUGCUCCAUUUCAAAGAGUUUUCUCGGGCGAAGCUGGAAUUACCAUUAGAGAGUUACGACGUCGAUGGUUAAAUGAAGAUAAGAGUAAACAUGUUUCUGACAGACCAUGGAUGCCAAAUAAUGGCCAAAAGCAUAGAUCCGGAGUUGGAAGUUAUAUGGGUUGUUUCCAAGAAGUCUACGAAGCAUUCGAUCCGUCUCUUGCUAAAGUUGAGCUUAAAACUCCAGAGAAGAAAAAUUUCUACACAAGUCCUGGUAAAAAGGGUACUGGUUAUGGAUAUACAGAUGUUUGCUUGAAUCCAUUUACCACAUGGCAACCAGGUGAUACUUUGUCAGGGAAUCGUUUCUAUGCUGAAGCGAUGGAAUAUCACAAGGCAAAAGUUGGUGGACGGCCUACUUUUGUAUCUACCUGUCGAAGUUUAGACGCAUUUGAUGGGAAUCCUUGGGCUGGGGGUGAUCCAUUAGCUCCCGGCGGACAGAUUGUAACAAAGUUGGGCAUUGAAAACUUUCCUGCUUCUAUGAGAAUCGGCCCAGUGUUUAUACCAUCUAGUCCUGCUAAACUUGACGGGGGAAUGAAAGACGGCACUAUUGGAAAGUAUCCAGAGUAUUCUAGUGAACCGUAUAUGCCUGCGAAUGCUAUUUACCGUCCACAAGAUAAAUCAAAAUUCGUUGCUGGUAACUGGAUACCUAAUCCAUAUGCAGCUGUCAAUAUACCACAACCAUCGAUAGUGAACAAAAAUAUAGAUUUGCGUGUCAAUGCUAAAACUCGAAAAGAUCGUCAAAAAGUUUGGGACAUUUGUAAAUGA